AUGGAAGAAGCUUACAAAUUGUGUGUGUUUGUCGGUGAUCUAGCACGCUAUAAGAGUGAGUUUACCAACAGUACAAAUUUCGAUGAAGCACAGCGAUGGUACAAGGUGGCUCAGCGAAUCUCCCCAAACAAAGGAAGGGCAUUCAACCAAUUGGCAAUAAUCGCUAUGCGUCGGAAACACACAUUGGAUGUCAUUUAUUUCAAUAUGCGCAAUUUGAUGUCCUCCACCCCAUACGACGCAACCAUGAAAACUCUCAUGCACAUUUUUGACGUAUCGAAGAACAAGGUAGAACUGCGGCAGGCCAGACUGCUGAAAGCUGGACGCUAUAUCGCUGGGGUUUCCCGGCGUGAAAUAUGGAUUCCCCCAGACAGCAAAAAACCCUUGCUCCGCCCCUCUCUGCGGCAACCUAACGCAGAGGGUCACGCAAAUGAGGAGCAGGAGCUGCGCAGUAAGGAUUCUAAUGUGUACGAUGAUUUGGUCCUAUCCUUUAUACACACGCUCGGCAAGCUGGUUAAUAGAAAGGGUAUGGAUUCCUUCCACCAGUGUGUAUCUGGGAUGCUGUGCGAGUUACGGGUUCUGGUGCAGUGCUCACCGAGCUCCAUCUACAGUCGUCAUUACGUGCAGCUGGUAUCAAUGUUCGUGUUCGCCACCGAGCUGCUGCAGGUGAAAGCCCAAAAUAAGAAGCUCCAGCGGGCAGCGAUGUUGGAGGGCAUGGGCAUGUUCGGUGUGCUGCUGGAGCGCUUCGUCGAUCUCGUCGAGAACCCGCCACCCCUCGAUGAUGAGGAGACGAUCGUGAUCGAGCUGACGCCGCUACCGUCGCCGCUACCGUCACCCCCACCGUCACCGCCACCGUCACCGCUCCCGUACGAUGGUGCCGAGACCAACGAGACCACCGAAACCCACCAGCACGGACGCAAGGACGAGGACAAGAAGGAGAGCAGGCGCAAACCGAAAGUGUAUCUGUGCAAUGACGCCAAAACGUUACUGCCACCGAUGAAGGUUUGGAUCGAUUGGCUGAUGAACACGCCGGCCACGGUGUGGCAUCCAGCUUACUGCCGGGCGUACUUGAAGGUCGGCACAUCGAGCGUCAACGAUCCGUGGGGGAACCUGGCGAAGCUGAUGAACAUUCUCGAAGAGCAGGACAUAGGCCUUCCCGUGCUGGCGACAGAACCGCGUCCUGGCUUCACACCCGUGGAGUUGGUAGAGGAACACGAUCUGGCCGGAUGCACGCCGUGGAUGUACAGCCGCGGGACGUCCCUGUACAUGCCUAUCACGUGCCACAUCUUCAACGUAGAAGCCCGGCUGCACCUCCGGAAGCUAGCGUUCUUUUGCUCCCACCACCUGACCAGCCUCACUCUACCGAUCCUCGGGCGCGAACAGCAGCUCGUUGCUGCGCCAGUCGCCCAGCAGUCGCACAACGACGAUGGCUCUCAGCUGACGGCCGCCGUGGACGACGACGCGAAACAGGGCGGUGAGCCGCAGAGCCGCUGGGUGUGGUACGUCACCAGCGGCGGCAGAAGCGAUACGAAGCGCGCGAGCCGUGCGAGCCGCCGCAUGGCCAGAGACGAGACGGGGACGGGGAGACCGGCCAGUACCUCCAGCACGUCGACGCUGGCGGAAAUCCGCGACCUGUUGCGCCGCAACGAGGAGAUCGAACGGAGCGAACGGAGUCUGGAGCGGGAGAAGCAGGAGCGGAUGCAGGCCAUGCUGGCAGAGUCUACGGUGCCCCGCAUCAUGGAGGUGCGGCCCCGGUACGUGGUGUUGGAUACGAACUGCUUCGUGGACGAUCUGACAGCGGUCGAGUGGAUCGCUACAUUCCGCGCCUUCCGGAUGCUGAUACCGAUCACCGUCAUCAAGGAGCUGCGGGGACUUGCUUUGGGGGACGCCAACCGUCAGAAACCGCUCCCGGCCGGAGUGGCCGACGCAUCGCAGCUAGCCCUGGCAUUCCUGGAGACGUGCGAUCCGGGCGUCAUCAGCUACAUCGACAUAGACGGCGAGAUAGUAGCGAAGGACUCCCCUUUCCUGCGGGACAAGGACACGACGAAGACCAACGACGAUCGCAUCCUCCAGGCGGCCCUCAGCCUGUGCCGCGACCAGUACGCCGCUCCACCCGACGCCGACGGGUACAUUGUGCGCAACGUGGCGUUGAUCACGAACGAUCGGACCUUGCGCGUGAAGGCGAUCACCACCAAUAUGCCCACCAAGGCGCUGUGCGAGUUCAUCGAGCAGCUCCAACUGUGGUUCCCACUGUCCCAAGGGCCACAACGAGCGUCGGACUGA